AACUACAGACACACAGAUGGCCUCAACUAAGUAUAUAGACUGACCAACGUCAUGGUCAAAUCGGAUGUAACGAACGAUGUCUUCCCGAUGGACAUAUGGGGGAAAUGUGACACGCAUAAUGUGACGACAUCACAAACACAGCUUCCGGUCAGUGGGUGGAAAAGAGCCUUCCGGAAGCCACAGAACAAAUUCCGGUGGUACAUCAUCAUCGGAAUCAGCGUUCUCAUCACAUUGUUGGUCGUGGUUGUCAUCGCUCUGGCUAUUCAUUUCACAAACAACACCGACAGUCCAGAGAGCCUUGCUGCUGCACCCAUCAGAGAUGGAGACGAGUGUACGUCCUACUUUGUGGUUGUUGUAGAGUGUACGUCCUACUCUGUGGCUGUUGUAGAGUGUCUGUCCUACAAUGUGAUUGUUGUAGAGUGUACGUCCUACUCUGUGGUUGUUGUAGAUUGUACGUCCUACUCUGUGGUUGUUGUAGAUUGUCUGUCCUACAAUGUGAUUGCUGUAAAGUGUCUGUCCUACAAUGUGGUUGUUGUAGAGUGUCUGUCCUACUCUGUGGUUGUUGUAGAGUGUCUGUCCUACUCUGUGGUUGUUGUAGAGUGUACGUCCUACUCUGUGGUUGUUGUAGAUUGUACGUCCUACUCUGUGGUUGUUGUAGAGUGUACGUCCUACUCUGUGGUUGUUGUAGAGUGUACGUCCUACUCUGUGGUUGUUGUAGAUUGUACGUCCUACUCUGUGGUUGUUGUAGAGUGUCUGUCCUACUCUGUGGUUGUUGUAGAUUGUACGUCCUACUCUGUGGUUGUUGUAGAUUGUACGUCCUACUCUGUGGUUGUUGUAGAGUGUCUGUCCUACUCUGUGGUUGUUGUAGAGUGUACGUCCUACUCUGUGGUUGUUGUAGAGUGUACGUCCUACUCUGUGGUUGUUGUAGAUUGUCUGUCCUACUCUGUGGUUGUUGUAGAGUGUAUGUCCUACUCUGUGGUUGUUGUAGAGUAUCUGUCCUACUCUGUGGUUGUUGUAAAGUAUUCAAGGCUUACUGACCAAUCGACUUCAGGUACAGCGUCGAUGAUGUCGCCCACAACAACAUCAAGUGAAAAUGUAACAGACGUCAUGCAACAUACUUCGAGUGCACCGACGGCUAGCACAAUCAACAGUACGUCUCCAGAACCAAAUGGCAUCACAUCUUUUGAUCCAGCAACGCCGAACAAUAUGUCUGGUAUCACUUCUCCGUCCAGCCCAAGGUUAACCUUGGUGGCCUCCGACCUUACCGUCGAGAAUAAGAAAUUAACCUUGACCUGUGAGGCUAUGAAUAUGGACGGAUGGAGUGACCUUUACAUUCUACGUCAUGGCAACGAUAAUCCCAGGACUGUUGGUACAGUAAAGGCAGGAUUUCAGUACCCAUCUGUGUCUAUCCUGGACGCAGAUUUCAGUUCCCAAAUUUCAUACAAGGACGAUGCUAUCGUUUUUGUGUUGGAGUCCGACAUUCCCUACUGUUCCAAGGAGGCCAAUUAUACGUGCAUUGUCAGGGCACUUCCGGGGACCUUCACAGCAGUCACAGAGGUCAAAGUAAAACAAAUAGAACCUACGAUUAGUGUACCCAAGUCGGUUAUUGCGGAGAGGAAUAUAACAUUGCAGUGCUCUGCCGACAUCCAUGGACAAAGAGGCAACCUCAGGUGGAAAAUUCGUCCCCCUGGCAUGCAGUCUUUCUAUGACUUAAAUACUACUCCUGUCACGUCACAAAAGUUUUCAAACUGCUCAACAUCCAUCAACAGCACCUUAAUAUUCCUCCCGAAAGCCUCCGACAAUGGAUCACACUUCCGGUGCGUCAUUGAAGGAGCUGACGGUGCAAUAGACAAUGCUGAUUACCCUAAAACGGAUGUAGAGUUCCACGUCAUCCCGGCAACGUUCUGUGAUGAUAAACCUGCGUACACCAUUCACACACAUCCCUACUCGCCAUGUAAUCUCGUCAUCUACUGUUUCCAGACCGGCCCACUCGUGUACGAAAUUAACUGUGAUCCGGGCACCUGCUAUGACAAAGAAAGGACGAAAUGUGUCUAAUCACUUGCAAUGUGAUCGGAAAGGGUUGUGCUUUCUGUAUUUCUGGAGUUUUACAACAACAGAGAACCUUUGAUUUCAGCGCU